GAAGAACAUGCGCUCCCGCAGCAACAGUCUAGAGGAUGUAGCAAAAGCCAAAUCGCCACAGCAGCACAACAUGGACACACGCAAGCGAUCUCCAGAGCGAGAUGGACCUUUGGGAAGAACAGAACGACACAGUCGACGCCGAGACUCACCAGACGACACUGGCACCAUUGAGCGGAUCCACAAAGUGGCCAAAAACAGCUGCAGCACUGGUGGAAGAACCACUGUCAGCAGUGCUGCAAAAGGAGGGCGACGGGAGAAGGGCAGGGACCUUUCCAGGGAUGACCUCGUCUUUCUCCUAAGCUUGCUGGAAGGAGAGCUACAGGCCAGGGAUGAGGUGAUCACAGUGCUAAAGGCAGAGAAAAUUGAUUUGGCGCUUUUGGAAGCCAAAUAUGGGUUUGUCACACCACAGAAGGUUCUACAGGCCCUGCAGAGAGACGCCAUCCAGGGAAAGUCUGAUGUUUUCCAGGAAGACAUCUAUGAGAAACCAAUGGUAGAGCUGGAUAAGUUAGUGGAGAAACAGAGGGAGACCCACAGGCGGAUGCUUGAGCAGCUGCUAAUGGUGGAGCAGGCACACAAACAGGCUCUGUAUAAGCUGGAGGAUGAGAAGAGGAACCACGGAGAGUUUAUGAGGAAGAGCGACGAGUUCACCAACCUGCUCGAGCAGGAGCGGGAGAGGCUAAAGCUGUUAAUUGAACAGGAAAAGGCCUAUCAAGAAAGAAAAGACCAAGAAAACGACAAAAAGGUUGCAAGUCUGAAGGAAGAGCUCACAAAACUCAAGUCUUUUGCAUUGAUGGUUGUGGAUGAACAGCAGCGCCUCACUGAACAGCUGAAUCAGAAGGCAGUCAAGGUCCAAGAGCUCAGCACGGGCUUUGCACAAGCUCAGGAAGAACUGAGUCUAGCUAAUGCUCGUCUGCAGGAAGAGGAGCAAAAGGUCAGUCGUUUAGAGACUGAGUUACAUGACCAAGCAAGUCAACAUUAUCAGGAACAGGAAGCAAUGACUGCCAAACUGACCAGUGAAGAUGCUCAAAACAGGCAUCUGCGCCAGAAACUGUCAGCACUCAGCCGGCAGCUCGAUGAGCUGGGGGAGACCAACAAGACCCUCAGAAGGGCCGAAGAAGAGCUGCAGGAACUGAGGGACAAAAUUAGCAGAGGCGAGUGUGGAAACUCAAGUCUCAUGUCGGAACUUGAGGAGUUACAAAAACGAGUUCUGGAGAUGGAGGGGAAGGACGAGGAGUUGAUCAGAAUGGAGGACCAGUGCAGAGACCUCAACAAGAAACUGGAGAAAGAGACCAAACAGAGCCGGUGCUUGAAAGCUGAAGUUGAUCAACUGAAUCACAGAAUUACAGAAUUAGAGAAACUAGAGGAUGCUUUUAGUAAAAGCAAACAAGAAUGCAUUUCCCUGAAGAGUAACUUGGAAAAGGAGAGGACUGUGUCAAAGGUUUUGAGCAGCGAACUGGAAAUAUUGAAGGUUAGAGUCAAAGAAUUGGAGGGUGCAGAAGGCAAGAUGGUCAAGACUGAGCAGAUACUAAAAGAGGAGCUGUCCAAACUAAAGACUCUGACAGUUAUGCUGGUAGAUGAGAGAAAAGCAAUGGCAGAAAAGCUAAAACAAAUGGAGAACAAAGUACAAAACAGUACUGGCAAGCUUCAAGCCGAGCAGGACAGGGUUACAUCGGUCACAGAGAAGCUAAUAGAGGAAAGCAAAAGGGCAUUAAAAUCAAAGGCAGAGCUAGAGGAGAAAAUGUGCUUUGCAACAAAGGAAAGUGAUGACUUAAAGGCCAAACUAAGAGCUGAGGAAGAGAGGAAUAAAGAUCUGGAGUCUAAAAUCAACAUGAUGAAGAAACGGUUGCAGUCACUUGAGACAAUUGAGAGGGAAUAUCUACGAAGCAAAGCAAAAGAGGAGCAACUUAAAACACCUCUCACUAAUCGCUUCCAGCAAGAAGACAACAAAAUCAAAGAUCUGACACAGGAGGUUGAACGCCUUAGACGUAAGUUAAAGGAUAUGAAAGUGGUAGAGGGGGACUCCUCAAAAACACCCGAGUAUGAAACACUGGAAAAAAGGUUCACCAAUGAACAACAAAGAGCCAAAUCCCUGAUGGAGGAGCUUGAGGUAUCCAGAAAAGAGCUUUCCAUGUACCAACUGGCAGAAAAGAAAGAGUGCAAUCAAGAGCAUGUUCUUUAUAAACGCUUGAAGGAGGAGGAAGCAAAGUCUAGCCAUCUGUCCAGAGAAGUGGCAGCUUUGAAGGAGAAGAUUCAUGAGUACAUGGGAACAGAAGAGUCUAUUUGCCGCAUGAAAACUGACCAUUCUACUCUGCAAAGAAAGCUAACCCAGCAAGAGGUCAGAAACAAAGAACUGGCCCGAGAAAUGGAGACGCUAACUCGAGAGCUGGAGAGAUACAGGCGCUUUAGUAAAAGUCUUCGCCCAGGCAUGAAUGGAAGGCGGUUUUCAGACCUUCAUGUUUCUACGAAGGAGGUUCAGACUGAGCCGCUUGAGCUCAUGUCCCCCAACAGUAAGACUACUGUACCCCUGGAACGAGCAGUGGUCAACGGGAAGCUGUACGACGAAAGCGCCCCUGAUGAUGACGCAAACUACAGCAAUGAACUACAGCUCGCCAAGUAUAGCCCUUCGCUCAUCAACAACGUCAACAACCUGAACAACAAUAUGAGACGAGGCCAAUUCUUCAAAACGAAAGACAGCACUCAUCAGGUGAAUGGCAAAAUGCAGCCACGGCAUAACAGCAACCAUGUCCAAGCUGGAGACUUGGUGUUGACCCAUAGUCCUGGGCAGCCGCUGCAUAUAAAAGUUACCCCUGACCACGGACAGAACACAGCAACUCUAGAGAUCACCAGUCCAACCACAGAAACACCUCAGUCAUUCACCAGCACCGCUGUCAUACCCACAAGUGGAGGUCCCCCCAAGCAGAGAAUUACCAUCAUUCAGAAUGCCUCGAUUUCCCCUACUGCAAAAUCCAUUUCUCCGACAACUAAAUCAAAGCGUUCCUCAAUCUCAGAUGAAUCAUGCUCCCCAGAUAGAGUACUAUCACCUUUCACCAUGGCUACAUACUCUAGAGCAAUGACCCCAGACUCAUGCGGCUCUGUAACCCCAGACCGAGCCAUGUCACCCAUACAAAUUGUAUCCGUGACAACAGGUGUGCAGGAUCGCUCCCUCUCGACAGAGCCUGCAGAGGUCGGGCACGCUGUCUUCCGUGUCACCCCUGAGAGACAGAGCAGCUGGCAGGUACAAAGGUCCAACAGCUCGGGGCCAAACGUCAUCACCACCGAGGAUAACAAAAUCCACAUUCACUUAGGAAGUCCGUUCAUUCAGAGUAUCAGCACUCCUUCGCAAGCGCCUGGAGCCUUGGAAAAAAUGACUCAGGUUACUGCAAACUCCAGCACUCCAGUUGCCAAAGGCAACAGUAAAAUUACAAGUAGCAUCAUGAUUAAGCCCACAUCUACCCCAAUCCAAAGACCAUCACAGAUUACAGUAAGUAAUGCUUACCAGUGACCCAACAGUCCCUGAACCCUCCAUCCCAUCCCUAGUUUGGAAUCAUAGUAUCUUUGGCUCUAACAACUCUUAGAACCAUGUCUGUUUUAUUCAUCUAAUAGUCUAAACAGUUGGUUGUUGGACUUUUUAUUUGGUUUGUUUUGUGCUGUGUGAUAAAAAAAAAAAAUAACCAAAUGCAUGAACACAGUAAAGACACCAGGUUCUAACUCAUGUGCACUUACUGUAUUGUACUCAAUGGCCCAUUUGCCAUGUAGUCUGAUUCACACUGAUGUAUCGUGCCAGUUUUUAUUCACCAUAUUUUCACAAACUCCAUUUUGUCUGAGCUGUUUUGAUUUUAUUUUGAAUAAUUAAAGUGUGAGAAUAAGAUUUUUGUUUUAGUUUGUCAUCCAUGCUUGCUGAUUUUUAUU